AUGAGCGGUGAUCCAUCCGUGAAGGACGGCAAAAAGCCAGCCGAAAAUGGACAAUCGUCAGGGGCCGGCUGUCAUACGACACUUCAACACCAGACAGCCGUCACUGCACUUGCGAACCUCCCCUUGAAGACCGUAGUCUCAGUCUUUCGACACCAGUGGCAUAAGGACAAAUCCCGCAUAACCUUUGCGCACGCUGGUCAAUACAUGCGCGAGCAUGACCUACCUUGCCAUCGCGAAAAGUUCGUCAAGCUAUAUUUAGACGCUCUAGUCGCGUCUACUAGGCUACCAAAGAAGGACCCGAUCACUCAAUCAAAGGCACAUAGUAUUCGGAAGCAUUUCUCUAGAGAGCUACGGGUUAGCCUACCGAAUGACCUUGCCAAAGUCUACUACGGGAAAAUACCUGCCUGCAUGGACGAUGCGAUCGAUCCCGGCGAGUUCAUAAACCUGGUCGAUCACUUUGGUGCAGAACGGCACCCCAUGAUCCUCGCCGUCCCGAUAUCCUUGCAUUUAUGGAGUAUCCACCAAGACUAUCCAGAUCUCCUCCCGAAGAAUCCGGCGCCAUAGGACUGGACCAUGCCGGCGGAUGUCAUCGAAGCUAAUCACUGGAAGUUCAGAGAAGACUUAUUCUGAAGGGGUUGGCCGGAGACAAGGGAUACAGGCAGGGUCUAUAAUGGCAAGGACAUCUCCUAGAACUAUCAUAUGUUACAUUAAAUGAACUAUUAAAUAGAAAUAGGAAAAGCAGAGUUAUUAAGAAC